UCAAUCGAUCAACAUAACGUGAAAAGAAGAAUAUAGUCACAUGAUAUCCGUAUCACAUUUGGAUAGAAUAAAAAAUAUAAAAUGGAACGAAACCCAAAAUAUAGAAGCAGAAAUACAUAUAGAAAAUACAGGAGAAGAAAACGAAAAUAUAACGAAAAACAUUUACGAAAUUAUAACAAACGUAGAUGAAAGGAAAUUAGCAAAUGGUAUUUGCAAUAAUAGUUAUAAUACAAACAUAACAGAUUUUAUUUGUAAUGAAAAUGAAUACGAUAAUCUUGAAAUCGCUGUUGUAAUAAUAUUAUUUUUAUUAAUAGUAGUAACAGUAAUUGGUAAUACUUUGAUAAUAUCAGCAGUAGUUACUACGAAGAGAUUAAGGACGGUAACCAAUUGUUUUGUUACCAGUUUAGCUGUUGCCGAUCUCCUUGUAGGCAUUUUUGUAAUGCCACCAGCGAUUGCUGUACAUAUUACUGGUAAAUGGGAACUGGGUUGGAUUCUGUGCGACAUUUGGAUAAGCUUAGAUAUAUUGCUAUGCACCGCAUCAAUCCUGUCUCUCUGUGCGAUCAGUGUCGACCGAUAUCUGGCAGUGACACGGCCAUUGACGUAUUCGAGGAGACGAAGAUCUAAGAAACUAGCACUUACUAUGAUAUUCUUCGUGUGGGUUUCCGCAGGAGCGAUCACUUGUCCACCUAUGUUUGGAUGGUAUGAACCAGACCAUAAUCAAGGAGGUGUGUGCCGGUACAAUCAGAAUCCGGGAUACGUUGUUUUCUCAGCUAUGGGCUCGUUCUUUCUGCCUAUGGCUGUCAUGGUAUAUGUGUACGCAAGAAUAUCUUGCGUAGUAGCAAGACGACAUCAACAGUUAGCCAGUACUAAUAAAUGUAGCAAGAAAGGAAAGUUAUCUUGCAUAAAAUCAGAAUCAGAUUCAGGUUCAGACAAGUUAUCAUUAAGACAAAGUGCAUCUAAACAACCUUCAAGGAAUUCAAACCAGCAAAGUGAUUGUUCAACACUAUCUGAACCGAAAUGUCCGUGUUGUUUCAACGCCGCUAAGAAAUCAAGACAAACAAAGAACUAUAGAGAUAACAAAGAAAGAGAAUCUAGAUUUUACAAUGAAGUUACAUUUAAGGCUAAUUUUAAAUAUAAAAAUACUGGACGUCAUAGAAAUCAUUCUACUAAAGAUCAUAUUGACAACAAUAGAGUGUCUUCUUUAAGAAGAGAGACUAAAACAGCUCAAACAUUAAGUUUAGUUGUCGGUGGAUUCGUUGCAUGUUGGUUACCAUUUUUCUUAUAUUAUAUUCUAACACCAUUUAUAUCAAUAAAAUACGUAAAUCCAGUAUUAAUGUAUAUACUUACGUGGUUAGGAUGGUUUAAUUCAGCAAUCAAUCCAUUUAUAUAUGCAUUUUAUUCGCCAGACUUUAGACUAGCAUUUUGGAGACUUACUUUCAAGAAAUGCAAACGAAAUAAACGCUAA